CACACAGGUAGAAACAAGAGAGUAAAAUCUUUCACUGAAGUCAUCACUAACCACAUUACUGGCUUUGAGAGGUGAAAAACCACUAAACGGUUUAAAUUGUUUGUGAAACGUUGAAACUUUAGCUGUAGAGAUGAAGACAGAGCAGAUUUCAGGAAAUGAUCUGCCAUGUCAUUCAAUAUGCAGCAGAGAACUUUACAGAUUUCCUGUGAAUGAGGUGACUCUCACAGUUGAGGCGCUGCGAUAUCCACAGGCAGAUUUCAAAUUUUUACGCAUUCGUAGACGGACAGGUGGAAAAGUGCAUGAGGAGACGCUAGACAAAGAGCCAUGAAAGACGACGAACAGUUCACUCAUUGAUCUAUUUUUUAGGAGCUCCUCAAAGAAGGAACAGCAGCAACAUAAAUAUAUGAAAAACAGCAAAGAAAUAAAAGGAUUCCUCACCAGAUAUAUUCUAAAAACAUGGAGUCUGUGUAACAGUGCAAGACUGCAGAAAAUGGCAUUUGGUGAAAAAGAUGAGCACAAACCUCAGAAAACCAUGUUAAUAGUUGGAGAAACAGGAGUGGGGAAGUCGACUCUCAUCAACGCCAUGGUCAACUACAUGCUUGGUGUUGAGAGUAAAGACAGAAUUUGGUUUGAGGUCAUAGAGACAAAAGAAGAGCAGUCUGAUUAUCAGACUCACGAGGUCACAGUGUAUAACUUGUUUACUGAACACUGCCCAUUCUCUCUGACCGUCAUCGACACGCCUGGGUUCGGAAAAACAGAAGACACAGGCGAGGAUUUAAAAGUAGCUGAAAAUUUACUCGAGUUCCUGACAUCCAGUAAAAGUGUCGAGACACUUGAUGCCGUGUGUCUCGUGGUGUCGUCCAGCACUGUCCGACUCAGUGAAAGACAGCGCUAUCUUUUUAAUGCUGUUCUCUCCUUAUUCAGCAAUGACGUGAAGAAAAACUUUGUUGUGUUCAUCACACAUGCACCAAGAAGGCCUACAAAUUCUAUCAAAGCCAUUAAAGAUGCCAAGAUCCCAUGCGCUCAGACUAGAGAUGACGAGCCGGUGUAUUUCAGGUUCGAUAACAGUCACUGUGAGAACUUUUUUGUGAGAUGCGACCGUGAAGAAGAAACCAAUGAACUGAUUCAAGGUUUUCAGGCAGCAUGGGAUCUGUUCAACACGAGCAUGGAUGACUUUCUAUCUUUCGUAAAGGCGAACAAACCUGUAAGUCUGAAGAACACUGAAAGUGUGCUGACACACCGUAAGCAGCUGGUGGAACACAUGAUCAGUUUAAGAGAACAGGUCAAAGCAAUGCAGCUUGAACAUGAAUUUGAAGAGUGCUACAAAGAAAAAGUACCAAUUGACCCGUCAACGGGUUCGAGCAAAGAGGCUAUGUGCUGUAGUGUGUGUAAGUGGAACUGUCAUUAUCCAGGAUGCUGGUGGGUCCGAGAUCUUUCCUGGUGUACUGUCAUGUCCAAGAAUAAAUGCACAGAGUGUCCAGGAAAGUGUCACUACACUACGCAUGUUAAAGAGGCAAAAAUCUAUGAGACAAAGACCAGGCUGGUCAAGAAGACUUUAGAAGAUGUGAAAAAGAACCACAAGAAUGAGUCUGAGGAGAAUAAGAAACGACUAGCGAAAGAAAUAUCAAAACAAGAAAAAGAAAUAAGCAGACUGGUGGAAGAGUGCGAUAAAUGUAUGCACGUCCUGCAGCAGAUCGCCUUAAAGACCGAUGCUCUGUCUACACUUCAGGAUCUGGAGUCCCUGUGUAAGGAAGCAAAGAAAAUGUAUGGGAAUGAAACAGUACAGAAACUCGAAAAUCUGAAGAAAAAGGCUGCGGGGAAGUCCGACAUGACUAGACUGUAGAUGUAUGUGACAGAAUGGAAUUCUGAAAGAAAUCAAUGAUUAUGUCAUGUAACAUACAGUAUUCCACAUAUCACUCCAUCAAGUGGUGUGUAGUUAUCUUCUUAUUAGUAUUUAGCCAUAUGGUGAAUGCUUCCUGAUCAGCGACAUGGAGUUCUUCUAGAUUAACAUGAUUUUGUGUGUGUGUGUUCCUGUGUGAUAUUUUUCAGUGUUCUUCUGUUCUCUGUACAUCCCCUGUAGUGGUUGAUACUACACCAAGAUUAGAUGCUUGAAAUAUCCUUCUCAAUGUUUUUAGUUUUGUUACUGAAAUAAACUCUGAGUGCAAGAGCAUUCUAACAUGUACUCUGUUUAAG